AUCAGAAAAAUAGUAUCAAAGAGAACAAGCAUCAAUCGUAAAAUGUAUAAUUCAUUCAUUUAUUUGAAUGGAACUAUAAUUGUAGGUAGUUAAGUAUUACAUCUUUAAAAUCCAAUGAACUGAGAAAACUUUCAUAGAUCUGACUCAACUAAUACCAGCUCACAUAUGCCGAAAAUUUGAUGGUCUGAGAAAUCAUUUAUUCAAGAUCUGGUUCCGCACAUUGUAGUCUUAACUCAGUUUUUGCUUGUCGGAAGCCAUCAAUUACGCAUGCAUCAUAAUUAUAUCAAUCUCGUCACAGAUUCAAAACAACAGACGUUCCAAACACUGUCUCAAAAGAGGCACCGAGUUUCUGCACUGUGUAUGUCAUUGGCAAGGGAAAGAUAUCAUAUAUGCGAGCUGCUACCACUUCACUGUCCCAGAAAGCUUACUUGCCUAAUCAAAAACAGCACCAAACAAACAAAGCUUCUGACACAAAUGAUACGCAAUUCAGCCACAACCAGCAACCCAGAGCAUGGGAGAGGGCGCAGUAUCCACCACAAAGCCAGCAAGAUGAAAUUCAAAUCAAGUCACCAUUCACAAGAGGAGGAGCUUCAGCUAACAAGUCAUAUGAGCUCUCGUCGGAUACUGACAUAUCAUUUGUGAGUAGUGGAAGGCCGAGUGUGGAUCACAUGUUUCCUUCUUUCUACGAUGAUCUGGACUCAGGACCUCGGCUUUCAAUCAGCCCAGAGAUUGAUAGCAGAAGCUCUACAUCAUCUUACUCGUCCGGGAUAAACAACAGGAGCUCCACCUCAUCUUACUCUGGACAUAAGUUCAUUGACAUGAGCUCUUCACCAUACGACUUCUCAUCAUCCUCAAUUGAAAGUGGAAACUCAUGUUCACAACUGAAUUUUGAUGCAAUGGAAGCUGAGAUGAGGAGGCUCAGGCUAGAGCUCAAGCAAACAAUGGACAUGUACAGUACAGCCUGCAAGGAGGCACUCACAGCAAAACAGAAGGCAACCGAACUACACCGGUGGAAAUUGGAAGAGGAACAGAGAUUAGAACAGGUACGACUAGCUCAGGAAGCUGCAUUGGCACUUGCAGAGAAUGAGAAAUUGAAAUGUAUGGCAGCCAUGGAGGCUGCAGAAGCAGCUCAAAGGAUCGCAGUAAUGGAAGCACAGAAAAGGAGGAAUGCAGAAAUGAAAGCCUUCAAAGAAGCUGAGGAGAAGAAGAAGGCAAUAGAAGCAAAAACAUAUGAUUUCAUGUUCAGGAAAUACACAAUUGAGGAGAUUGAAGCAGCAACAAAUAAUUUUUCAAGCGUUCACAAGAUUGGGGAAGGAGGCUAUGGGCCGGUAUACAGAGGUGAACUAGACCACACACCAGUGGCAAUAAAAGUUCUACGUCCGGAUGCAGCUCAAGGACAAUCACAGUUCCAGCAAGAGGUUCAAGUAUUGUGUUGUAUCCGCCAUCCAAACAUGGUUCUCCUUCUGGGAGCAUGUGCCGAGUAUGGUUGCCUAGUCUAUGAAUACAUGGCUAAUGGAAGCUUAGAAGACCGUCUCCUACAGCGAGGUAACACCCCAGUUAUUCCUUGGCAGCUAAGGUUCCAAAUAGCUGCAGAAAUUGGCACUGGACUUUUGUUCCUUCAUCAGACCAAGCCAGAACCCAUUGUACACCGUGACCUGAAACCGGCAAACAUUUUGCUAGACCAUAACUACGUGAGCAAGAUUAGUGAUGUAGGUUUGGCCAGGCUUGUCCCUCCAUCGGUAGCAGAUUCUGUCACUCAAUAUCAUAUGACAUCAACAGCUGGGACACUUUGUUACAUAGACCCAGAGUACCAACAAACUGGGAUGCUUGGAGUAAAAUCUGAUAUCUACUCGCUUGGCGUCAUGUUUCUACAACUAGUAACGGCCAAGCCACCAAUGGGUUUGACUCAUCACGUUCAGAGGGCUAUUGAGAAAGGGACUUUUGCUGAGAUGCUUGACCCUGCUGUUCCUGACUGGCCAGUUGAGGAAGCUCUAAAGUUUGCCAAGCUAGCUUUACAAUGUGCUGAACUGCGACGAAAAGAUAGACCAGAUCUUGGUAAAGUUGUGCUACCUGAGCUUAACAGAUUAAGAGCACUAGCCAACGAUAGGACAAACAGUGUCUUCCUUGGUGGUGGUGGAGAAUGUUCACCAAGACAAAGCUCGACUCCCACAAUACAAGAUGUAAUCAGUGACGGCAAUCCAUCACAGCCUGGUUAUGAAAGUUCAAGGAGUCGCUCAAGCACAUCAUCUUAUCCUGAAAGAAAAAUCUUUUUGGACUAGACAUGUUUAAAAAGUGUAGCAAAAUUGAAUUCUUCUCGUAAUAUUGCUCAGCCCGCCUCCCUGUAACCUUUGCAAGUCCAUCUCUGUUUUCUCUAAUAAUUUCAGGUAGGGACUGCAAAAGAGUUGCUUAAGUCUGCGUAGUUGUGUAAACUGGGAAAUCCCGAAUGUAUGUUUAGAAAACCCAUAUGAUACUGUGUGAUGCGCUUGUGGGGCUUGUUUUCA